GACCACUUUGUUAUUGCGCUACGCCUUCUUAUCAUUAAUCGGUUUGCCAUACUUAAUUGAAACUGCCUUCUAAUUUAUGCAAUAACAUUAUCUGCGAGGUUUUGAGAAAUAGUGUUGACCCGUUCUGAAAUUUUGGAGUACAUAGGAAAUGUAGAAGUACUUCUGUGUACACACGGACUGACGGAUCGGGUCUUUAGGCAAUAAAGACGACGAUAAACAAAGUUGAGCCUCAAAGUACCGCCAUGUCGUCACCAGUAAUGAUGCAAAUUGUUAAUGGGCUGAAGUCCCGCAACCCUGAAACCAGGGCAAAAUCAGCAAAAGAACUGCAUCACUAUGUUACUACUGAGUUGCGGGAAGUGUCUGUUGAAGAAUGGACAGCGUUUAUGGAUGAGUUCAACAAGCACAUCCACGAAAUGGUUAACAGCAAAGACAUUCACGAGAAACUAGGUGGCAUUGCUGCCAUGAUAUGCUUGAUCAAAGGAGACGUUGGAAAAAUCAACACAAGAAUCAGCAGAUUUGCCAACUACCUCAGAAAUCUGCUCCCUUGUACUGAUAUAAAUGUGAUGCACAUGGCAGUCAAGACGAUGGGUCAAGUGGCACUGGUCUCGGGCACCAGUACCACAGAGUACUUUGAAUUUGAGAUGAAACGAGCAUUUGAGUGGCUUGCUGGAGACCGAAACGAACACAAGAGACUUGCAGCUGUGUUGGUCCUGCGGGAACUGGCAGUUUCAAUGCCCACCUACUUUUACCAGCAAGUGCAGCAGUUUUUCGAACUUAUCUUCAACGGUGUGCGUGACCCUUACAAAGCGAUCAGGGAGGGCGCCGUCGAGGCCAUUCGAGCUGCUCUUGUGGUCACUGCCCAGAGAGAGACGGCCAAGCAGGCGCAGAAACCACUCUGGUACAAGCAGUGCUACGAGGAAGUCAAAACAGGAUUUGAAGAGGCUGCCACUAAAGGCCGCAGUGGUAACUUGGAGGAAAGAAUACAUGGCUCUCUCUUGGUGAUUAAUGAGCUCAUGAGGUGUGGUCACACGGAGUGGGAGAAGCAGUACGAAGGGCUAAAAGACAGGAUCAAAUUCAAACCACCACCACCACAAAUUGACCAGGAAUUACUUGGGUUUGGGCUUCGAGUUCGAAUCACUCCUAGCUCCAAGUCUCCAGCUUCCUCUCAGCAGAAAAUCCACAGGCUGCAAGGCUUAAGUGAAAGCGCAGCCUGCCGCCAGCUAAUAGCUGAAAAUUUUGACGAGAUUUGCACUCAGGCUUUGAGCCAUAGAAAUUCCCGUUCACCGCACAUUCAGUCUGCGCUGCUGAAUCUGCUACCCAGACUUGCUGCAUUCAACAAAUCCAAGUUUUCAAAAGACCAUUUAUCCGUCACAAUGCAACAUUUACUGUUUUGUCUGAGGUCGAGAGACAAGGACAGAGCUCUUGCUUUCACAAUCAUUGGCUUGAUUGCAGUGGCGGUCGAGAAAGAUAUUUUGCCUCACCUGCCUAAGGUCAUGGAUUUGAUCAAAAUGGCGCUCCCUGCAAAGGAGGGUAAAAAGCGUAGCUCCACAACUGACACUCCAGUUCUCAAUAAGCGAAGAAACACCCAAGAGCCAGCUGUCCUCUUCUGCAUCACCCUUUUGGGCGUUGCCCUCCGCACCUCUCUAGAAGCUGAGGUUCGGGAUAUUCUGGAGCAAAUAUUGGCCACUGGGUUGAGCAGCGCGCUUACAACAGCUCUCCAAGAACUGGCUACUGCUAUUCCUUCUCUGCGACGGGACAUUUCAGAUGGUUUACUUAAGAUGUUGUCCUUGGUCCUGAUGAACCAGCCUCUUCGAUACGGCAGCUUGAAUCGUCAUUCUUCUCACUCUCCUCCACCUAUUUCACAAGACGCUGCCGAAAUUGAGAACAUGGUGCUUGCAUUGAGAACCCUUGGAAGCUUCAAUUUUGAUGGUCACUCGCUGCUGCAGUUUGUCAGGCAGUGUGCAGAUCACUACCUGGUUAGUGAUAACCAGCAGAUUCGGUUGGAGUCAGUUCGCACAUGUAGCAGACUAUUGGUCCUUGCUCUUGAAGGCCCACAAAUGCACGCGUUACAAGCCACUGUUGCUGAUGUGCUUGGGAAACUGCUUCUUGUUGGAAUAACUGAUUCAGAUGUUGAGGUUCGGUUCUGCGUGCUGGAGUCGCUGGAUGAAGCUUUUGAUAUGCACCUUGCCCAGGCAGAAAACCUGACCGCACUCUUUAUUGCCCUAAAUGACGAAGCCUUUGAGGUCAGAGAGCUGGCAAUGUGCCUUGUGGGCAGGCUGAGCAACAUGAAUCCCGCUUACGUCAAGCCAUCCCUACGAAUGACCCUCACACACCUCAUAACUGAGCUCAAGUACAGUGGCUUGGGCAGAAAUAAGGAGCAGGCAGCUCGACUUUUGAGUUUGAUGGUCAACUCUGCCCCUCGGAUGGUUCGCCCGUACAUGCAGUACAUUUUGAAUGUGCUUGUGCCCAAGUUGAAGGAGCCUGAGCAAAACCCGGGAGUUCUCCUUGCCGUUCUCACCUGCAUUGGCUACUUGGCUGAGGUCGGAGGAUCAGAAUUAGUGCCUUGGCUGCCAGAAAUGCUCUCUUUGCUGCUGGAGAUGCUUGGGGAUGGAAGUAGCAAUGAAAAGAGGAGUGUGUCUUUAUGGGUCCUGGGCCAACUUGUGGAGGCAACUGGAUAUGUAAUCGUACCCUAUACAGAGUACCCAAUCCUCCUGGACACCCUGCUUUCCUUCUUGAAAACGGAACAAAACCCAGCCAUUCGCCGUGAAACUCUACGCGUGCUUGGUUUGCUUGGUGCAUUGGACCCUUACAAGCACAAAAUGAACCUUGGCCAGAUUGACGCUCAGUCAGAUGCAGCAGUGCUGCUUUCAAUCACAGAUCAGUCAGAGGCUGAAUCGAGCCAAGAUUUGAGCACAAGUGAAAUGCUGGUCAACAUGAGUUCUUCGACCUUGGAAGAAUACUACCCAGCAAUAGCAAUUGCGACGCUGAUGCGAAUCAUUCGUGAUCCCACUCUGGCCCAGCAUCAUACCAUGGUCGUGCAGGCCGUCACCUUUAUUUUCAAGAGUCUUGGCAUAAAGUGCGUGCCCUACAUAGCUCAAGUGAUGCCUUCCCUCUUGCAUGUUGUGCGAGUUGCAGAAGCCAACUUCAGGGAAUUCCUCUUCCAGCAGUUGGCCCAGCUAAUCGCUAUCGUGAAACAACAUAUCAGGCCAUACUUGGACAAUAUUUUUGAACUCAUUAAAGAGUUCUGGAUGGUCAGCUCCAACCUGCAGUGCACCCUCAUUUUGCUGAUUGAACACAUUGCUGUCGCCCUUGGAUCUGAAUUCAAGGUGUUCCUUCCACAACUGAUACCCCAGAUCCUGAGGGUUCUGACCCACGAUAACAGCAAGGACCGACAGGUCACCCUGAAGCUUUUGGCAGCUCUUCAGAAGUUUGGUGGAACUCUUGAGGAUUACAUCCACUUGGUUCUGCCUCCAGUUGUGCGCCUUUUUGAUUCCACGGACUGCCCCGUUGCUGUUUGCAAAAUGGCGCUAGAGACUGUUGACGUGCUAUCAGAUUCGCUGAACUUUUCAGACUUGGCUUCAAGAAUUAUUCACCCACUUGUCAGAGUUCUGGACAAUAAUCCUGAUCUUAGGCCUGUGGCGAUGGAAACUCUUUGUGCGCUCGUCAUACAACUUGGAAGGAAAUACACAAUAUUCAUUCCGCUGGUACACAGGAACUUGGCAAAGCAUAAAAUCGCUCAUCAGAAAUACGAAGUGCUUGCAUGCAGAGUCAUAAGCGUAAGCUCUCGUAAAAAACUUGUGAGUCACUUUCUUAUGACAAUGAAAACACAGGAAACAAGUUCCUUAGAAGAAGAAGAACUCCUCUAUUCAAAAUCUGGACUCUCCAGGAGCAAAAACAGGGAAAACGAACUUUCCUCAAUGGACACAACCACGAUUAAAAAGUUAAGCAUGUCUGCUGCGGGAGCAGCUAAACUCCAAAAAGCCUGGGCGUCCACCAGGCGGGUGUCCAAAGAUGAUUGGAUUGAGUGGCUCCGACGAUUAAGUAUUGAGUUCCUGAAAGAAUCACCAUCCCCUGUGAUGAAAUCUUGCUGGGUGUUGGCUCAGACUUACUCGCAACUGCCGAGAGACUUGUUCAACGCUGCCUUUGUGUCUUGCUGGACCCAACUCACUCCGAGCCAGCAGGCCGAGUUGAUUCAGAGCUUGCAGCAGGCCCUGUUAGUUCCUGAUCUUCCAGAGGUCACACAAACCAUUCUAAAUUUGGCCGAGUUCAUGGAUCACUGUGAUAAGGGGCCUUUGCCGAUCGAUACGCAGAUUCUGGGUGAACGAGCCAUGCACUGCCGAGCAUAUGCCAAAGCUCUACAUCACAAAGAGGAAGCGUUCCACAAGGAGCCGAACAGCCAGGUGAUUGAAUCCCUUAUCUCCAUCAACAACAAGCUGCAACAAAAGGAGGCUGCCGCCGGUCUUUUGGAAUACGUCAUCACCCACAAAGCAGGUGCUGACGUGAAAAUCCAGGAGCGCUGGCACGAAAAACUACACAACUGGGAGAAAGCCCUGCACAUGUACGAGGAUAAGCUGAAAGAGAACAGUGAGGAUCUGGAGCUGUCUCUGGGACAGAUGCGGUGUCUCGAGGCGCUGGGUGAGUGGGGCCAGCUGCAUGAAGUGGCCAGCAGUCGGUGGGAACAGGUCGAGGACCCUGGGAAGCAUAAAAUGGCCCGAAUGGCCGCGGCAGCAGCUUGGGGUCUCAGCCAGUGGGAGUCGAUGGACCAGUACGUCACCUGCAUUCCCAGGGACACCUUGGACGGAGCGUUUUAUAGAGCAGUGCUGGCAGUCCAUCGAGGACAGUACACCGCUGCUCAGUUGCUGAUUGACUCGGCAAGAGAUCUGCUUGACACAGAGCUCACAGCAAUGGCUGGGGAGAGUUACCAGAGAGCUUAUGGAGCAAUGGUUUCCCUGCAAAUGUUGGCAGAGUUGGAGGAAGUUGUCCUGUACAAACUGAUUCCAGAAAAGCGCGGUCCCAUUCGAAAAAUGUGGUGGGAAAGACUCCAGGGCUGUCAAAGAGUUGUAGAGGACUGGCAAAAAAUCAUUCAGGUUCAUUCCCUUGUUGUGACUCCACAUGAAGAUGUCUACACUUGGCUGAAGUACGCGUCGUUGUGCAGAAAAUCUGGAAGGCUGAUGCUUUCGCACAAAACGCUCACCUUGCUGCUAGGAAUUGAUCCUAGCCUGCAGCCAGACCAACCGUUGCCUUCAAACCAUCCUCAGGUUACUUUUGCCUACACUAAACACAUGUGGAUGUCUGGUCAGAGAGAAGAAGCAUUCAAUCAACUGCACAGAUUUGUACAGUCAACCCUGAAUCCGCUUUCGAGCCAGAUUUGCCCACAAGAAGAUGCUAAAAUGCAGGACCGAAGACGCCGACUUUUGGCCAGGUGUUACUUGAAGUUGGGCGAGUGGCAAGAAGCCAUUCAAGGGAUCACAGAAGAAUCAAUUCCUGCUGUACUGCAAUACUACUCUGCCGCAACUGACCAUGAUAGUGGCUGGUACAAAGCCUGGCAUGCUUGGGCUUACAUGAACUUUGAGACAGUUCUCUUCUACAAACAACAGCUGCUGCAGCAACAACAACCGCCACCACCACCAACACCACCACAGAUUACAGAAUUAAGCUCUCAGAAGUCUAUGACAACUGAAGCGUUGAUGGACAUAACAAAGAAUGCAGUGCAAGGUUUCUUCCGCUCGAUUUCUCUGUCGCACGGCAGCUCACUGCAAGACACACUACGUUUGCUUACUCUUUGGUUUGAUUAUGGCCAGUGGGCACCUGUUUAUGAGGCCCUUGUUGAGGGCAUCCGCACAAUCGAAAUCAACACCUGGCUUCAAGUGAUUCCCCAGUUGAUUGCCCGAAUAGACACUCCGCGCGCCCAGGUUGGAAGACUUAUCCAUCACCUACUCAUGGACAUCGGCAAACACCAUCCUCAGGCCCUGGUGUAUCCACUCACGGUGGCUUGCAAGUCCGCGACAACAGCUCGCAGAAAUGCUGCCAACAAACUGUUGAAGAAUAUGUGCGAGCACAGCUCUAGUUUGGUGCAGCAAGCUAUCAUGGUGUCGGAUGAACUCAUACGUGUUGCCAUUUUGUGGCACGAACUUUGGCACGAGGGUCUGGAAGACGCCAGCAGGCUGUACUUUGGAGAGCGUAAUGUCAAGGGAAUGUUUGAAAAACUGGAGCCCCUGCACACCAUGAUCCAGAAAGGUCCGCAGACUCUAAAAGAAACUUCAUUCACACAAGCAUAUGGCAGGGACCUGCAGGAUGCUCAAGAAUACUGUAACAGAUACAAGGUGUCUGGCAAUGUUAGAGAUUUAAACCAGGCGUGGGAUCUUUACUACCACGUAUUCCGACGCAUUUCCCGGCAGUUGCCGCAAUUAGUUACCCUGGAGCUGCACUAUGUCUCGCCAAAGCUGCUGCUCUGCCAGGACCUUGAGCUGGCGGUGCCUGGCUCAUACAAUCCUGGUCAGCCACCAAUCAGAAUCGCCAGCAUUGUGCCCUCCCUGAGUGUGAUUUCAUCAAAGCAACGGCCAAGAAAAUUGAGCAUCAAAGGCUCCAAUGGAAAGGAGUACAUGUUCUUGCUCAAGGGCCAUGAAGAUUUGCGACAGGACGAGCGAGUCAUGCAACUCUUUGGGUUGGUUAACACCCUGUUAAUCAACGACCCAGACACAUUCAGGAGAAAUCUCACCAUUCAGCGUUACGCUGUUAUCCCGCUGUCAACAAACAGUGGUCUCAUCGGCUGGGUUCCUCACUGCGACACUCUCCAUACUUUGAUCAGAGAUUACAGGGAGAAAAAGAAAAUUCUACUCAACAUAGAGCAUAGAAUUAUGCUUCGGAUGGCUCCUGACUACGACCACUUGACCCUCAUGCAGAAAGUUGAAGUUUUUGAGCAUGCGCUGGAACAUACUCAAGGAGAUGACCUUGCGCGUCUCCUUUGGCUCAAGUCGCCUUCAUCAGAGGUUUGGUUUGACCGACGCACCAACUACACGCGUUCAUUAGCCGUCAUGUCCAUGGUCGGCUACAUCCUUGGUCUAGGCGACCGGCAUCCUUCCAACCUCAUGCUGGACCGAUUGAGUGGGAAAAUUCUGCACAUCGACUUCGGCGACUGCUUUGAAGUGGCCAUGACCAGAGAAAAGUUCCCGGAAAAGAUCCCCUUUAGAUUAACUCGAAUGCUGAUCAACGCCAUGGAAGUGACUGGCAUUGAAGGCACCUACCGCCGCACCUGCGAAUCGGUCCUCAAUGUUUUGAGGUGCAACAAAGAUAGUCUGAUGGCUGUUCUUGAGGCAUUUGUCUAUGACCCACUGCUUAACUGGCGCCUAAUGGACAGUGCCACGACAAAAACUAAAACUACCCGAUCAAAAACUGGUGAGCCAUCAGACAUGCUGCCUUCAUCCCAAGAAACAGCUGAAAUGAUAGAUGAUAAUUCCAUUAGUCUGGGUGUAUCGCAAGCAACAACCAAGAAAAAUCUGACCGGAAGCCUGGACAAUGGAGAGGAGGGCGCUCAAAAUAAGAAGGCUCUCCAAAUCAUAACCAGAGUCCGAGAGAAGCUAACAGGCCGCGAUUUCUCGCACGAAUCUGAGGUGCUUACUGUUCAACAGCAGGUAGACUUGCUGGUGCAGCAGGCCACCUCAAACGAAAACCUCUGCCAGUGUUAUAUUGGAUGGUGUCCGUUUUGGUAAGGCUUGUUGAAAGAUUGAGGAAAAUGAUUAAAUUGCGCUUCAUAGUUGAUUUUAUUACUUUUUAUGAUGUACAUGUUGCGUUGAAGUUUGUAAAAAUAAAACACGUUUGUGACUUCAAAUAAUA